AUGAAGCCUAGUCUCCCAACCAUCAUCCACUUCCGCCAGGAUUCCAUCCUCAAUAAGGGGACGCUCAAAGAGGCCCUCUCCGAGAUCUUUGGAUCCACCUACUGGACCUUGACCGAAGGUCCUCACACCUUUUAUGUCGAAGCGGCCAACGAACCGAACGUUGAUGUUGUGUCGGCGCUCGAAGCAGCUGGAGCAAUCCAGAUGAGGAGCGUGGAUGAGCCGUCAGCCAUCAUGGACGAAGACAGAACAGAGUCGAAGGAGACUAAGACGGAGGUGGAGAAGAAGCCUGUGAAAAAGGCAAAAAAGAAGAAGAGGGCUGAAGUCAAGUCGAAGGAGAAGUCUGUCAGAAAGUCGUACAACGUGGCGGAUGAAAAGAGCACGGACGAGCCUGUAAGAGCGAUUUGUAACGUCAACAAGCCACGAAAGCCGACUGAAGGAGUUGGGAGGGCAAUGGCGAUGCCUCCUAACUAG